GAUAAAUCUAGGGUAUUUUUGGGGGUUUUAUUUGUGAUGGUCCUUUGGCAUUUUAUCUAAGGGAAUAUUAUGUAUGACUAUAUUUUAACUCGUUUUCACCAUGGGGUACAUUUAUUGAAUAACCAGUCCCAAUAUACAAAGGGGAAUUAGAUGCCUUUUUUGUUGCUAUCGAUAAAGACCAUUUCAGUCUUGUUGAGUUGUCCACUUAUGCUGAAGACCUUGGGUAUACAGUUGUCGAAGGGUUUUUUCAUCAAAAGAAAAAAAUGGUGCAUUUAUCCAAGUCGUAUAUGAUUUUCAAUUAUUUAAAUUUGUGAAAGAUUUACAACAUGGUGAUAUUUUGGAUGUUUAUUUGCAUCAUGUGGUGAGUCAGUUUGAAGUACUCGAAAACUUAGUUGGUCUUUUAUGUGGGACAGAAGUAGGCGUGGGUGGUAAUGAACAAUUUAAAGUUAGGGCAACACCUAAGAGUAAUAUAAAUACUGAAGAACCUAUUGAGCCACCCAAGGAAGAGUUAGAAAACAUCUUAGAUCUCAAUGAUGCUCAAUCAAAUUUGAAUGGUGCUGAACCAACUCAUAAUGGUGAUGAACCAGAUCAUAAUAUUGAUGAAAAUGGAGUGCAAUCAGAUGUUGACAGUAGUGACUCACAAGCAGAUGUUCUUCCUAAAGAAGAUGAUUCAGAGGUUGUUGAUGAAUUGAGAUUUUUAAGGGCUGAAAGAAGGAGCAAGAGGCAAGGUAGGUAGAGGAAAAAACCAUUCGCAACAGAGGAAAUACCACUAGGAGAAGCAGGUAUUGAUAGAGGAAUUGAAGAUAUUGGAAGAAACAAGGCUUCCAGAUAUGUAGGUAAUUUAGGUGGGGAUGAGCAUGUUUAUUGUUAGUUCAGAGGCUGAUAGUGAAGAUAGCACAAAAGAGUUAGAUCCUGAAGCUAUUCCUGGUGUUGAUAUACCAGCAAGAAGGAGGAGUACAAACGUCAGGCUGAAAAUUGGAUGCCUUCACAGCAAGGUAGCCAAAUAUCACAAGGAGGAAGCCAACCUGUUGUAGUAAGAAGCUCAAGCCAAACUGCAACCUCAAACUCUAUUUGUGAUGAUACUGCAAGAGUUAGAAGGGUUCAUGAAGCUAGAAGCUCAAUUCAACCACCACCAAUUUCUACAGAUUCGUGCAAGCAUGCUAGAAGAAGAUUAGCUAGUCAACUUCCUCCAAAGGGUAAAGGAACUACUAUCCAAAAGAGAGGAAGGGGUGCAUGUAAAGGAGUUGCUGAAAAAGGAGGAGAAAAAAGGUCUAAAAAUGUUAGAUUUGGCAUCUACACAACUGCAAGUGGAACUCAAAUACUAAAUCCCGGAACAUCAAGCCAAAUAAUUCUAUCAGGUGGUUCAACUUAUAAGAGUGCAGCUCCAACAGGAAUAGAGCUUGGUUUUAAGGCUAGAGGCUUGAGGUGGAAGGGUCAUGAUGUUGUCACAACUUCCCAAUUGAAGCAGAUGAAGGCAAAUAUGAGCAAGAAGUAGUAUUUUAGGAACUUAUUUUUUGACUAUAUGAUUAUGUAGCAACAAUCAAUUAUCUAUAGUCAAGGUCUAUUCUUGACUCUAAGGUAGCAGCAAACUAUUAUA